GCGUGCAUUGACAUACAAUAUGUCAUACAUCGGCUUGAAUAACAUUGGUGUUCGCCAUAUUCUUUUUUCUCUCUCUCCAGUUAAAGUAGUACACAAGUGACAGUGUUAGUUAAGUAGCCGUAGAGUUUGCAUCUGCAUUCUAAAAAUACCAAAGAGAAAAGGGCAAUUUUUUUCUUGCUUUGCUUACAUUGCAGCAACCAUUAUUCAUUUGAUUUUUUUUUUCUAGUUUCAAAUAUUUUUCACACAUUUUUCCAUGAUUUGAUUCAAUUUGUUUGUGGGAAAUUGACUGAAAUUUAAUAAAUUCAAUAGAUUUAUCACCACCGGAUUGGUGAAAUUGUUAAUUUUAUGAGCCAAAGGGAAAUAUAGUAUAUGUGUUUGGCGUUUGUGAAGAGAAAAAAAAAAUAGGACAGGGUGUGGAAUGAAUAGUGAAAAUGGCCAGCAAAUAAAUUUUCAUUUUCAUUUCUCUCCAUCGAAAAUGUAAAGAAACUGUAAAAAAAAAUGUGGAUGAUAGCAAUGAGUGUGAGUUUUGGUAUUGCGUCGUCAUUGAAUUGGAUGGCGAUGAGUUCGUAAUGUGAAAAAUCGAUUUGUGCCAUUUUCGCCAUUCGAUUGUUGUUGCUGUCGUCGUCAUUAUCGUCGAUGUUUGACACAUUUUUUAUCGAUUUAUGCAGCGCAAAUGCAUCGUAAACUACAAAUUUAGCUGUUGAAUCCCAUUGAGAAUAUAAAAGUCAAGUGCGUGUGUUGUAUUUUAUUGUUGUUGUUUCGAUUCACUAUCAUAUAAAAACUACGAAACAACCUAGAUCGCAGAAGAAAAAGAAAAUAAUCAUGGCAACAAUCACAGCAACAACUGACAUUCGACUACGGCCAUUACCGUAUCUGAACAGUAAAUGGCUUCGGGCGGAUUUAUUGGCAGCGCUACGUUCACCCGAGAAUUUGUCAAUUUUAUGGAAUAAUUUAAUCAAAGACAAUGAAUUGUAUUGUGAUAGCAGUGGCUCAAAUGUAAAUAGCAACAGUUCGAAUAGUGGGGCCUUUAAAUUGGAAGCAAAUAAUGCAGUGGGCAAUGUUUCGUACGCACUGCCAUCAAAUCGACGGUAUUAUUGUGGCGUUGAAAAAUUAACGUGCAGCUGUUGCACCGGAUAUUGUCGGCCCGAUGCGAACUGCUGUAAUUGCAUGUCGUGUCGUGUGCUUGAUGGCAGUGAACCGUUGCCAAAACGUUCGUCAUCAUCGGAUGGUGCAGAUGAAUCGGAAGCAAUACCAGCGUCCGAUUCAAUUCUUGACUCGUGGCUUUGGUGUCAAAUGCCAAGUGACCGUGACAAAAAGUUAUGCAUAAAAGCUUUGCUUGCGGAACAGCGUGAUCUAUCGCUACAAGCAGCUGGCCAUUCACUGUCGGCCGUUCAUUUGAAGCAGAGAAUUUUUGUAUAUCAUCGAUAUUUAGUGGCGCUGGCUCGUUCACAAAAAUCAUCACCAACAUCAAUCAAGAAUCCAAUGACUUCGCUGAGAAAACAAGCUAUACAAAAUGAACACAUUAAAAAGCUUGAACUACAGAAGUCACAAAGCACAGAGCAACAAAUCUUGAAUUUGCAACAGCAAAAGGCGAGUGCGUCAAUUGAAAAGGCUACAUUUGGUUUGGCUCGCGUUGGAACUCGCGCCGCUUUGAACUUCUCGUUUGCAUUUUUGCGGCGAGCCUGGCGAUCGGGCGAAGAUUGCGAACUAUGCAGUGAAUUACUGUCUGAAGCAUUGGAUGCAAUGCAAAGUCUUCCAGAAGCUUCGCUCUUCGAUUCCACACAAGUAUCUUCGUUGUGGUUGGAAGUGCUCGAGCGUUCAAUAAAAUUCCUACGACAAGUUGUAAACAAUGAUCUAAUCCUAAGCGGUUCAGUGCCGCGAACAGAUCGACACAUUGCACUUAGUCUGUUGCUUGAGCUAGAAUCACAAAAGGGUACAUUGAGCGCUUCGCUCGAGGCCAUUUUGCUGUUGAUGACUCUGUGGGAGAAGGAAAAAGACACGGACGACAAUCGAACGCAGCAAUUUUCACAAAAUAGCGGUGCACCGCUCAUACCAAUUCUACGGCGAUAUGAAUCCAUACAGUCUAAUAACCAGGAUAUCGUUACCAAUACCAAUGAAGGAUCGAUCGCACCGACUGAGUCGUUUUUGAGGUUCCUGAAAUUACCCGAUCAAGAAGCGGCCAGUAUUGAGUUGAAACAAGCGGCCGUUGUGAUUAUGAGCCAUUUGGAUCGAUUGGCAAAGCCACAUUUACCAACCUCAAACUACGUUACAAAGCAUACCAUUCAGAAUUCAGCAUCACCACAGCUCUUCACCUACGGAAUGAUCUUUUCGAAUAAUGACAACUUUGGAUUUUUAUCGGAUCCGGUGAAUACCGAAUUGCCAGUGUUUGGCGAAGCAUCUACUGGCUUGCAGCCACAUUUGGACAAUUUAUUGGAUUCAUUCCAAAAACCAAUAACAAUUGAAUGUGUUGUAUGUAGCGAAAAACAUAUGCUCCUUUUGACCACCGACGGCGAAGUGUUUGCAAUAAACACAAGUGAUUAUGUGAUAAAUGAAUCAACACCAAUGGUCAAGAAACCAAAUGAAUCGCAUGCAUUCAAAAGAAUCGAAGGAUUUGGAAAUUCACGUGUUCUAAAAUUGUCGGCUCACUAUGAGGGAAACCAUUUUCUGGCAUUGAAUGCGGAACACCAUGUGUUUUCGUGGGGAUGCGGUGAAAAUGGAAGACUUGGACUGAACGAUAAACAAUCAAGAGAUGAACCGACGAAAAUCACCGCGUUGGCCAAUAAAUUCAUCUCGAAAAUCUACUGUGGAUCGGCUUACAGUGCAGCACUUACCAUAUCGGGUGAUUUGUACACAUUUGGACGAGGAAAUUACGGUUGCUUGGGACAUGGCAAUUCAGAAGAUAAAUUAGAGCCCACUUUGGUGCAAGCAUUAAAAGACCACACAAUAGUCGAUGUGGCGCUUGGCACAAGCGAUGCACACACACUAUGUGUCACUGAUAUCGGAUUGGUGUUUGCCUUUGGAGACGGAGACUAUGGUAAAUUGGGUAAUGGCUCAUGUGUUGGCUGUGCGCUUCCCAUUCAAAUUGACGGACUGCCCAUGGUAUCACGAGUGUUCAUUGGAAACCAAUUUAGUGUGGCAUUAUCUUACGAUGGUCGUAUUUUUAGCUGGGGCAAACGGUAUGGUGGUCGCUUAGGCCACAGCACAACCGACUAUGGACAAAAUGCGAAAAUUGCCGCGGCUAUAAAAACGAUUGAAGGCCCGGCGGAAUAUUGCUAUAUACCGAAGAAAGUGUGCGCACUCGAGGGCAAACAAAUCAUUGACAUUGCUGUUGGUUCGUCACACUGCAUGGCACUAAGUAGCAAUAACGAACUGUUCGGAUGGGGACGUAAUGAUUUCCAACAGAUUUGCCAUCAUUCGGUUUGCAGAGACCCAAUAAUUUCCACUCCAAUUCUAACGACACCACCAUCGGUUCGAAUCAGCGGCAUCGCGUGCGGUUCAACAUACAGUAUCCUCUAUUGUAAUUCGUCUGUGAUUGCAAUCGAUACAAGAGUUCCUUAUGUCGUCGAUUUAAGUGAGUCAACGUUUAAAUUUCUAGAACAAUUAUUGGCAAUGGUUUGUUCGAAUAGUUGUGGUGGUGGCGGAGGCAACAACAACGCAUCGACAGAAGGAACGCGACAUCCACCGUCACAAGAAUUUGAGUGCAUUGCAGUCGGAUGUUUGAAUUUGUUGCGUCUUCAAUUCUAUUCACUCAUUUCAAAUGGAAUGUCACCGAAAUCAAUUGGUUUGGCCGAAGGCAGUCGAUUAUUGGUGAAUUUAAAGUCACGCGUUCUUCAACUAGCCGGCGGUUCGAAUAUUCUAAAAACCAUUCAAGAUUCAGCUCAACGGGCAUUACAAAUCGGAUGGAGUAUUCUGUUGCCAUCCGCGACCGAACGAGCACAAACGCUUACGUCAUUACUGCCAUCUGAACCGAGUAUCUCAACAUCGGGCCAUCGAUUUAUGACCGAUCUUUUAGUCAAUUCCCUAAUGGCAGACGAAGGCUUGCAAACAGCAUUGAAACAAGCAAUCAACACCGAACCCGAAGAGUGCUUGAAUAAUAGUCAAAAUCUUCCAUUACUUCAUCUGAUCAAACAGCUGUUGCGAAAUAAUUCGGCAUUGACACAGGCACGACUCUCACAAUUGCUCGUCGCCGGACCAGCAUACUACAAAACCGAUGAAGUUCUCACCAAAACACCCGAACAACUGUCACCUAGUCUCGAUUUAUUGCACCGUUUCCAACGACUUUUGUUGGCACACAUUCAUCAGUCGACAGACGAUGAUUGCAACGGAUCCGAAGCUCUCUUGGGAAAAUACGUGCAAAAUGUGGUAACGUUCUGUAUCACCACCCUAUCGAAAGCACAUGAAGUGGUUUCACAUUCAAAAGAAACCAAUAUCUCUGAAAUUCUGUCGGGAGACAUUUCGGACACGUUGCUGUAUGAAUUAUUGAUUGGUCUUGUGCUGUUGCAUCGCGAUAAAAGUGGAAUAGUUCUGCAAACAAUCGAUUGGAAUAAUACAUUUGUUCCAUUGCUUGGCGUACUAAAUGAACUGAAUCGGUUGGUUUGCGAAUCCGAAGUUCAAGAUAACGACAGUUUGGGCUGGCCGGGAAUUAUUUGCCGCGGUUCGUCGAAAGUAUCUCAAUGCAACGAAGAAUCAAUGCUGAUUCGACAGUCCGAUUUGGAAAACCAUAUUGCCGACAACGGCAAAUGGAUUGUUAUGAAUGGAUUCGUGUACGACAUUGACGAUUAUCAAUCCGAUUGUCCCUUAACAAAUGCGCUGUUGAUGAACAACAUUGGAAAGGAUUUGUCGGCUGAAAUGAACAAUCCACAACAUCGACCUGCUUUAGACUAUAUUUCGUCACAUUUGAGAAUCGGGAAAUUCUCAUGCAAUGACAACGAAGAGAAAAGCUCAACGCAUCAGUCGCUAGUCUUGACGCAUCUCGAUUCCGAGCGAACACUUUCGUUUCUGCUUGGAUUGCGUGCUACGUUGCUACAAAAAGCAUCUAAUCUUCAACCGGCCGAAAUUCAGUGCAAAAACCUGUUGAAUUCACCCAUCUUUAGUGGUGGCCUACAGAACUGUCUGCAGCCAUCCAAUCCGUUUGAUGAAGAAAAAGGAGAGGCCCGCAGUAGCACAUCGACAGCCGGAAGCACUCCAACUGAAUCCAGAAAUUUGACCGAUAUCUCGCAACCAAUUCAUUGGCCAAAUACGUUAAUAACACAUCGUAUAGACUCUUUGUUGAAUGGUUUGGGCGAGGGUCGUUUAACCGAUCCUUUAGUUUCAACUUGGAUAACAAUAACCGAACGCUUCUGCAAAGAGAACAAUUUGAUUUGGCAUCAAGAUUUUCCACCUGAGCAUCCAAUUUCCGAAUUGGAGCGUUUGCUAACGGCAAUUUUCAUAAGGCAUCAAAGCCUAGGUGCUUUGGUAUUGGCUGUCGUUGAUUGUGAAUUGAGCAGCAACAGUACAAUCGAUAAAUUGCCUGCACCAGUUGCCGAAAUCAUCAAACUGGUACAUCAAACCAAAUGGACACUGAUUAAAACGCGCCAGCAACUGAACCGAAGCUACAAAGAAGUGUGUGCGUCAAUGAUUGACAAGUGUCGAUUUUUGCUGUACGAAGUUCGGCCGGUAAUUAGUAUGGAGCAAUGUGCAUUCAAUCGAAUUAAAAUUCUGCAUCGAACACCACGAUUCAAGGCAUUUGUUCGUAAAAUUAUCAUCGACAUGCGAGAGUCAAAGAAGGUACUUGAAUGCGCUGCCAAACUGGAGGACAUUUUGAAUGUAACCAUUCAAAGUCAAACAGCAUCGUUCACAACAAAAGUGCAAUCGGUCGAAAAUUUAAGCGGAUUUUCGGUUCAAGCUGAUAAAACCAUGCAUUCGGAUUCGAGUGAAAUCCUUAAAUUUGUCGACGACGAUAGUCAAACAAUGGAUGCACAAAAUGAUGUGAUUAACAAUGAAAAACUGACAAAAGAUGGAAAAACCGUGGAUUUGAUAACGGAAAAGAAACCAACGUUGCCGCUACCACCACAAACCAUCGAAGAAAACAAUGAUGAAACCAAAGUUAUCGUUACAAAUGACACGGAAAAUAAUACAGCAGCUGCCGUCGCCGCCAGACGACAUACAACAAAGUCACAAUAUGCGAGUGAACAGAGUGAUGAACAGUUUAUCAACGAUGUGAUUACAAAAUUGAGUGAAAAGUGCAUUGUUACUAGAUUGGCCGAAGAAAACAAUUCGAAUAGUCAAUCGACGGCAAAUAGCAUCGAUGUUUCAAAAACCAUGGCGCUAAUUGUUGAUUUUGUGCUACAAGAUUCGUGCGACGUAGAAACUCUGCGUCGUGCCAUGUACUGUCAAGUGCAACGGUACAAGCUGCGAAAGCAGGGCAUUGACAUGUUUUCGCAAUUGUUGCGCGUCACCGACACUUUGGAUGCCGUUCAAUACAGCAUGCUGAGCGGUUAUCUGGGACUGUUCCUUGAUCGAAGCAAACAACACUUUUUGGAUAAUGUUCUAUGUGAUCUCAAUAUGAUUAGCAGCUUUCAAAAAGUGGAUCUGAUUUUAACGCAGGCAAAAAUUAUCGAAUGGGCCAUUUCUGAACUGCAAAAAUUUGUGAAUCAAGAUCAAAUUUUCGCAAAACAGAAAUGCCAUCCAAUUGCAUUGGGAAAAGAUACAUCAAAUGUAUUCUUGAAAAAAUUACCAAGAGCACGAUUUUUGCUCAGUGUGUUUGGUGUUUUGUCGAAAAAUAUCGGACCAAACGAAGUCAGCUUAAUCAUCAAUGCCGGUACAUUGGGUAGUAUUUUGAGUUUACUGCGACAAACUGGCAGCGAAAAUCCACCGGGCAAAACGUUAAAUGAAUUGUCAUACGUUUAUGAGGAUGCUAUUGUUAAGAAAUGUAACAAAGCCAACUUGACUGGACCGGAGCUAACGAAACUGAUGAAAAUCGGAACUCGUGUUGUGCGCGGCCAAGAUUGGAAGUGGGGCGAGCAAGAUGGACCGUCAGGAGAAGGCAGAAUAAUCAGUGAAGUCGGUGAUGAUGGUUGGGUUCGCGUUGAAUGGGACAAUGGCACGACCAACUCUUAUCGAAUGGGAAAAGAAGGCCAAUACGACUUGAAACUGGCCGACUGUGUUUCAUCGUCAAUCAUAUCGCCGGAUACGGAAACCGAAGAGGAUACUUCUUUAACCGAAAUGCAUCUAACUGGCAGCUCGCACCCAACGAAGCUGUUGAAAAAUGCGAGCAUGAAAAUGUUGAAAAUGAUAUCGGUCAGCAUCGCAUUGUAUGGCGAUAAAAUUGAAAAAUGCGCCCUGGCCAAUGUGAGUUCAAUGUUCCGAAUGUUACUUGCAUCCAAGUCAAGCAUUACAAACAUGGGCCUCCAGUAUUGGACGAUGUUAGGAUUUUUGAGAGCGAUAGCGCAACCAAAGCAGAUGUCAAAAUUAUUAACCACACCAACGUGGUUGAAUUUGUGCGUGGAUAUUUUGAAUAGUUCAAUAACCGACGAAAUGGAUGUUUACAAGAAAGUGCAUUGUGUGCGAUUGCUUCACGCCACUUUGAUUCACUGGGAUGAAAAUGAGAGUGAUUUGGUGGGUAAAUUCAUCGAACAGCUUUUCGAAUGCUUGGGAAGGAUUGUGUUGUUUUGCCCAAAUGAUUUGUCAAUUUUGCAUGCUUCGGUCGAUGUAAAAUCCCGUGUUUUAUUGAGUGCAUCGAAUUCCAGCACAAUAGCCGAAGAAAUGGUGUCACUUCUGCGCAAACUGCACACAUUGCCCGUUUGGAAUAACGCAAUCAGUUCGUAUCUCAGCCAAAAAUUGUGCAUCGCAGCUGAAUUUUUCACAGAGAGCACCGAUCAAGCACAGGGUCGUCAGUCAAUUGUGCGCCAUUCAACGGCCGAUUCAGAGAAAGCGUAUGUUUUGGCAGCUUUGGUGACAAUCGGCGGAUGUGAUCCCAGACCGAGAAUCGGAAUGAAUAUUUUGAACAGCGGAAAUGAUGGAACAAUCAUUGCGUUUACAACGAAAGGAAAGGUAGUAAUAAGCAGCAGCAGCUUUUCCGAUUCGACCAUUUCCACGGAAAAGAAGAAAAUUUCUGUGGCAACAGCUACAUCAUGUGCCAAUAUAAUGUCAUUCAAUAUGAAUCGAUUACCGUUGAAUGAGAUGCUCCUGAAUUCACUGACCGUUUUGCUGUAUGGACCCGGCGAAUGGAAACCGCAUUUAAAGGGCUCAAUCGAUGUGAACUUGUUGCGAAUGCAACAAAUCCAUUUGUCCACCCUGAAUUCAAUGGGUGUUUUAUUUAAAAAUCAAUCGUCGUUGCGUAAGAUACUGAGACAACGAGUGCCAGGUAUAUCGCGGUAUUCAUCCGAAGAAAGUUUGAACGAACAAGAAGCGAAUAUGAAUGUUCCGAUCAAAGUCGAAACGUCUUGUGAUGAUAAAAAUACCACACCAGAGCCUACAAUGCACUACAUGGGCUCGAAUGCGUCACAAAAUUCGGUUCAAAAUGACAACGACGAUAUCAACGACGAUGACGAUUUGGAUGACUUCAAAACCAGAGUCAUCAAUGAAUUGUUACUACAAAAUAUAUUGGCUCGUGCCAUUCAAAGCAAUCCAUUGAAAUCGAUCUAUUCAUAUGAUGAACUGUCGAUGGCCGCAUUGAAUCUAUCACAACAAUUGGCAAAUAAUUUGUACAUGGAAAAUAGCGUGCCGUAUUUCUCAGCUGUUGCUGGCUCAACAACAAAAAUGACCAAACCAAUAUUGGCACCACUUCAACCGACUUUGAUUCAUGGCGUUCCAUUUUAUAAUGAUGCGUUCCUAGACGAUAUGCAGUCGCCACUGAGUGAUCAAACGGGCAAUUUGGCUGCUGGUGGAGCAUCGAGAAGAAGUUCGGCCAACGCAAGGCGACCGCUUUCAUCCGAUGAAAUGAACAUUAACUUGGUUGUGCGAAUGGGAUUCAAUCGGCGAGCUGUUGAGCUGGCCGUGCGAACAUUGAAACAACAAGAUGUCGCUCCAGUUGUUGGUCGUACAGUCGAAUGGAUUAUUGACCACCCGGAAGAGUGUGCAAUUGCUAACUCACAUGACUCACGACUAACGGAAAAUGAUUCAGAAACGGAGAGCAUGUCUGAUGCAAUCGAAGCACUAUCGCUCAACGACACGAGCAUUACGAAUGAAAGGAAGUAUGCAACUCGAGAUGAUUUCGAAUCAUUGGACCAGUACGCUACAUACGUUCGCAGCAUUGUGGUUCCUGGAAUGAUUGUGCGUUGUUGCGAAGACUUUGAAGAAAUUCGCAAAGGUGAUAUUGGUACCGUUGAAAAAGUCGAACCGGAAGCACUGCAUGAUUUGAAUGUGUAUGUCGAUUGGAAAGUGUAUGGUACUGUUUAUUGGAUGCGAUUUGUGCAUAUUGAAUUGCUUGAACCAUCGUCGACAUCCAAUGAUCAAUUACCGCAUUGCAGCUCAUCGUCCAUUGAACCAACAAUCACGGUUGGCUCACACGUUCGCAUACAUCAAAAUGUUAUGACUCCGCGUUACAAAUGGGGAUCAGUUACACCUGGAAGCAUUGGCGUUGUUACCGCUAUCAAUGAAAAUGGUGAUGCCAGUGUGGAUUUUCCUACGCAAUUCAACUGGAGCGGAAUUAUCAGUGAAUUGGAGUUGGUGUGCCAGGGAAAUCCAGAGGCAAAUGAUUACUAUCAAAGUGGUGCACACGAAAUGCAAUCGGAAGGUGAUUUAAUUGAGGAUUGGUCUCGUGUCAUUCGUUCGUUGUGUGUUUCAUCGAAUGAAUCGUCAGCCAAAUACCUUUUGGAUCGUUCAACAAACUAUUGGCAAAGUUCAAGCACACAGAGGCAUUGGAUUCGAAUUGAAAUGCAUGAAAAUGUUCUCAUUCAUUCGCUCGCAAUAACCGUCAAUGGCUCCGAUUGUUCGCAUAUGCCGUCAUUGAUUGUAGUUCGAGCCGGAGAUACGGUUGAUUCCAUGAAAGACUACAGCUGGGUUUCAAUUAAACCGUCGGAUAUCAACGUUCAACUGCUUUCGGAUAUUCGACAGUAUUACAAAUGGAUCGAAAUUGUAAUCAAACAGUGCAGAAAUAACGGAAUACAGUGCAAAGUGCACGGUAUCAGCAUAAUUGGCCGUCAAAAACAAACCGAUCUCGAUUUAAUGUUGACAAAUGCAGCGUUCCUUGCAUCAGACAAUAUUAUCAACUGUGAACCAAGCUCAUCAACAUCAUACACGGGCCCAGAUGAACGAAACGUUGUCGAUCAAAAUCAAUGCAAAGUGUUUGUAUGGGGCUUAAACGAUAAAGAGCAAUUGGGUGGUCUGAAAGGAUCAAAAGUUAAGUGUCCAACAUUCUCAUCAACACUGACGCAAUUGAAACCCAUUCACAUUGCUGGCGGUUCAAAGUCUUUGUUUAUUGUGUCACAUGAUGGCAAAGUUUAUGCUUGUGGCGAAGGAACUAAUGGAAGGCUUGGAUUGGGUCACAACUAUAAUGUGUCAACACCUCGAAAAUUACCCGUUUUGAGCCAAUACGUUGUGAAGAAAGUCGCUGUUCAUUCGGGUGGCAAACAUGCAAUGGCACUCACACUGGAUGGACGCGCUUUCUCUUGGGGCGAAGGUGAAGAUGGAAAAUUAGGUCACAACAACCGAAUAACUCUCGAUAAACCAAAGCUAAUUGAAGCACUACGAUCAAAGAGAAUUCGCGAUAUUGCGUGUGGUUCGUCACAUUCGGCAGCCAUAACUGCUUCAGGAGAAUUGUACUGCUGGGGAUUGGGAGAGUAUGGCAGGCUGGGACAUGGUGAUAAUUUAACACAAUUGAAACCGAAGCUAGUUCAAGCGUUACUCGGACGCAGAGUUGUACAAGUUGCAUGUGGCAGCAGAGAUGCCCAAACAUUAGCGCUGACUGAAGAUGGAGUGGUGUAUUCUUGGGGUGAUGGAGAUUUUGGAAAGCUUGGAAGAGGUGGAUCUGAAGGUUGUUUUAUUCCGCAACCUAUUGAAAGACUCACGGACGUUGGUGUCAUUCAAAUUGAAUGUGGAGCACAGUUCAGUUUGGCAUUGACCAAAUUCGGUGAAAUUUGGACAUGGGGAAAGGGCGAUUAUUUCCGUUUAGGUCAUGGUUCAGACCAGCAUUUGAGAAAACCGACACCGAUUCAAGGACUACGCGGCAAAAAAGUUGUUCAUGUGGCUGUUGGAGCUCUUCAUUGCUUAGCAGUCACCGACACAGGAGAGGUAUUGGCUUGGGGUGACAAUGAUCACGGUCAACAAGGAACUGGCACGACUACUGUAAACAAGAAGCCUUGCUCUGUAAUUGGAUUGGAUACAUUUGUAAAUCGUGUAGCUUGUGGCAGUUCACAUUCAGUUGCAUGGAGUUUACCGCAAUGCUCAUCCGAAGAAAAUAAGCGAGAGCCAGUUCCGUUCUCGUCAUCAAAGGAUCCGCUCGGCAGCAAUGGCUUAGGAAUUUAUGACUCUGAGAAAACGUUUGCAGUCAAAUCAAAAUCACAAAGUCGACCAUCACUAUCGGAAACUUUGUUGUCGCUCGAGUCGUAUGGGGCAAGACAAGCAGCUUUGAGUCAUGUGCUGAAUGCGAUGAGCAUCAUUCAAGCACGUCAAUGUAUAAUCUCUGCGCUCUCAAGUCACACACAAAUCAGUGGUUGUAGUGAAAAAAUUGCUACCGAUAGCGAUGAGUAUUUCAAAGAUUUGGAGAAUUUGCGUGAUCAUGGAACCGCUGACGAUGCUCAGGCACUCGAAACAAUUGCGAACGGUGGAGGAGAAGGGCCAGCCGAUCAGCAAACAGCAUGCAAUGAUCUUUUAACACCUGACUUGAGCAUACACGAAGCGAUACCCUCAUCGAUUUUGCCGGCGAUGGCCGGUCCAUUGUCAGCCUUCCAGAGUUUGAACCAAUCAUUGAAUGGCUCCAUUUCCCUAUCGGCAUCGAUUUCAAGUUGCAACAAUGCGGCGCAACGCUCAAAAAUGUCGGCGAGUGCGAUGUCGGUGAUGGCCGCAACGAUCACACAACCAGACGAAGUGAUAAAUGACGAUAGCGUGUCUGGUUUGGAUGAUUUUACCACACUUUUGAGCGAAACAGAAGCAAAGAAUUUAGUCGAACUACUCAAGUUGAGUGUAAAUGGUCGCACUGAGCAAAUUACAUCGGCUCAAACCAUUGCAAACACACUGAUUGCCAUGGGAUUGAAUUCGUCAUCGAUUUGCGUUAUGAUUUUGGAAACUUGCAUCACAGAGCUUGAAGAUUUGUGCACUUCGCGCAACUUCUUAGGCAAAAUACCGCGACCAGUGGUUCAGGAAACAUCGCAUCCAUACAUCGAUAACAUAACACUCGUCGGCCAUGUGAGAAUGCCAAAAGCCGAAGCGUUGCGAUUGGAAUUCGAUCAACAAUGUUCAACUGAAAAACGAAAUGACCCGCUGAUCAUUAUGGAUGGAUCGGGCAGAGUGAUUGCAACACGCUCAGGGCGAGAUUUUUCGCAAUGGGCUCCCGAAAUUCGCAUUCCAGGUGAAGAAAUGAGAUGGAAAUUCUCCAGUGAUUCAUCAGUGAAUGGAUGGGGCUUCAAGUUUUGGGUACACGCAAUAAUGCCGCCCGCAUUCCUCCAGGAAAAUGGCUCAGAUCGUACCAUCUUAGCUCAGCCAUCAAUGGACCUUGUUAUUUCUCUGCUCGAUUCAAAUCUUGAACCUUCAAAUCCAAACAUCCUACUGCGAUUGGCGUCCGCACUUUCGGCAUGUGCACAAUUGAGCACGUUGACAACAAGCCAACGGAUUUGGGCCAUACGAAAGAUGCACCGUCUUUUAAUGUUGAAAUUAGCGCCAAAACCAUUAGAUCCAUCACUUAAUGUGUUUUUGACACCUUUAAUCGAUUGCUUAUUGAAGCAAUACGAAUUCGAAGAGUCACACGUUCGGUCUGGCAUUCAAUUGAUGCAUUCAGAUUAUUUGAAAACUCUGGCCGCUUUAGCAUGUGACAUGCAACUCGAUACGCUGCUAGUCAGUUCAGAUAUGCAAAAAUGGUCUUGGUUUAGACGCUACUGUUCAGCCGUUCGUGUUGCCCAAUCAAUCAUCUAUCGAACACCGUUGCCAGCUUCAUUUUGUGCCGAAGUUCGUAAGAAAAUCGUUGAAAUGAGCCCAACCACCCAAAUUCCACUGGCUAUGGACACAUCGAUUCAAUCGAUAGCGAGCAAUAAUUCAUCAAAUGCUCAAAUAUCAAGCAACUCAGCACCGGCUGUACUUGGUCCUCCACAACACAAUGCUGAAUCUAUACAUUCGGCAACAUCAAGUGAAGGUAAGAAAAAAAACAACUCAUUUAAGACGAAAAGAACAACAAUUCGUUUACUUUGUAAAUUUCACUUUGCAGAUACUCACGAAGGUCAAUUGCCGCUGUAUCUCGACCAUACAGUGUUCAAGCCACAACAUGAUCGACAGCUAUUGCAAUGGCUAAACAACAGACCGGAAGAUUGGUCAUUGAGCUGGGGCGGAGCGACUGUUAUCUAUGGAUGGGGUCACAAUCACCGCGGUCAACUCGGUGGUUUAGAAGGUGGUCGCAUCAAAAGUCCUACACCUUGUGAUUCGCUCAGCAUUUUGCGACCGAUUUGCAUUGCCGGCGGUGAACAAACUCUUUUUGUCGUUACGCCCGACGGAAAACUAUACGCAACGGGCUAUGGAGCAGGUGGCAGGCUAGGAAUCGGUGGCACCGAUUCGAUGACAUCACCUACUUUAGUUGAAUCUUUGCAACACGUUUUCAUAAAAAAGGUUGCCGUUAAUUCAGGUGGCAAACACUGUCUAGCUCUCACUGCCGAUGGAGAUGUGUUUGCUUGGGGUGAAGGUGAAGAGGGCAAGUUAGGCCAUGGCGAUCGUUUGAGCUACGAUAAACCAAAGUUGAUUGAGGCAUUGAGUGGCGUUAGUGUAAUUGAUAUUGCGUGUGGUAGUGCUCAUUCGGCUUGUAUAACAUCGUCUGGUAACUUGUUCACUUGGGGAAAAGGCCGCUAUGGUCGGCUUGGGCACGGAGAUUCUGAAGAUCAAUUGAAACCAAAGAUGGUCGAGGCGCUGAUUGGCUAUCGAGUCAUUGAUGUUGCGUGCGGAUCAGGUGAUGCGCAAACAUUGUGCAUAACGGACGACGAUAGUGUUUGGAGUUUUGGUGACGGAGACUAUGGAAAAUUGGGUCGUGGUGGCUCUGAAGGCUGUAAAUAUCCCAUUAAAAUUGACAGUCUAGUCGGUUUGGGUGUGGUCAAAGUUGAAUGUGGCUCACAGUUUUCCAUUGCAUUAACUCGAUCUGGUGCAGUUUACACUUGGGGAAAAGGUGAUUAUCAUAGACUAGGCCACGGUUCCGUCGAUCAUGUGCGAAGACCAAAGAAAGUAGCCGCGUUGCAAGGCAUCAAAAUUGUCUCCAUUGCAACUGGAUCUCUGCAUUGUGUUGCUUGCGAUGAUAUGGGAAGAGUGUUUUGCUGGGGCGACAACGAUGAAGGCCAACUUGGCGAUGGAACAAUCAGUGCAAUUCCACGACCACGAAUCGUGACGGCACUUCAAGGAAAAUACGUUGUAAAAGUGACAUGUGGUUCAGCGCAUACUUUGGCACUAUCAACGUCACAGAUACACGAUGCGAUGCGAUCUCCUCCGAAUCCACCGCUCGAGUACGAUUUUGUUCGUGAUUUACCACCGGAAUCGCUUUACGCUCGGCUCAUUCUACUCCAUCAUUUCUCGGAGCUAAUGUGCCCAUGUUUCACUCUGCUGCCGAUCGACGGUGAAGUUUCAUUGGCCGCACUAAAGGAUGUGCUUGUGUAUAGUAUCAAAGAAGCAGCUUUCAGAAAAGUCGUACAAACGACAAUGGUUCGCGACAAGCAACACGGUCCAGUAUUCGAGUUGAAUCGUAUUCAAGUGAAACGAUCUCGCAGCAAGGGUGGAUUUGCUGGCCCCGAUGGAAUGAAGAGCGUUUUCGGGCAAAUGGUUCAAAAAUUACCGCUGAUAAAUCAAGAAGCCCUUUACCUCCCGCAAAGAGUAUGGAAAGUAAAGUUUGUUGGUGAGAGUGUAGAUGAUUGCGGAGGUGGUUUCAGUGAGUCAAUUGCCGAAAUGUGUGACGAACUCCAGAACGGAAGCGUACCGCUGUUGAUUCAAACACCGAAUGGUCGUGGUGAAGCUGGAGCCAAUCGAGAUUGCUUCCUACUCGACCCAACAUUAGUGACCGUUUUGCAGAUGAAUAUGUUCCGAUUUUUGGGCGUUUUGAUGGGCAUUGCUGUACGCACUGGUUCACCGUUGAGUUUGAAUUUGGCCGAGCCGGUGUGGCGUCAACUAACUGGAGAAUCCCUUAGACCAUCCGAUUUGACCGAAGUUGAUCGAGAUUAUAUCACCAGUUUGAUUUGCAUCCGAGACAUGGAAGAUGAUCCGAAAGUGUUCCAUGCACUCGAUUUACCAUUCUCAACGCCAUCUGCCAAAGGUCACGACUGUCAACUGUCGACAAGGUAUACGAAGAUCACACCGCAAAACAAACAAGAAUACGUUCGCCUAGCGUUGAAUUAUCGAUUGGGAGAGUUCGAUGAGCAAGUUAAAGCGGUUCGCGAUGGAAUGUCAAAAGUCAUCCCGGUUCCUUUACUUUCGCUGUUUUCAGCUUCACAGUUGCAGGCAAUGGUGUGCGGCAGUCCCGAAAUUCCAUUGGGCUUACUAAAAUCGGUAGCUUCAUACAAGGGAGUCGAUGCAACAUCGUCUCUCGUUCAAUGGUUCUGGGAUGUGAUGGAAGAGUUUUCGAAUCAUGAGCGUUCAUUGUUCUUGCGCUUUGUGUGGGGCAGAACGCGAUUGCCACGCACGAUAGCCGAUUUCCGUGGUCGAGAUUUCGUGUUACAAGUGUUGGACAAAUAUCAACCACCCGAUCAUUUUCUUCCAGAGAGUUAUACUUGCUUCUUUUUGCUUAAAAUGCCACGUUAUUCCUGCAAGGCCGUUCUGCUGGAAAAACUAAAGUACGCCAUUUAUUUCUGCAAGAGUAUCGAUACGGAUGAAUAUGCCCGUGUAGCCAUGGUCGAUCCCACCGAGCCAACAGCCAGCGAAAGUGACAUUGAAUCGGAAGUUAGCGAAGAAAUGUAAACAGUCAAAUCUCAACAUUAGAAUAGUCAAUGAUUAGUUUCAUCAUCAAUCGCGUUCGAUUUUCAAUGUUUGUUCAAAGAAAUAGUAGACGUUCAUAGUGAAUUGAAAAAAAAAGCCGAACUUCAUGUCAUUCAGUAGUUACGAAAUUAUGUUUACAAAAUUAGUAGACACUUAGCCAAACAGUUUAAAAACCAAUUAUUAUUCUAAUUACUAAAAACAAACCAAAAAAGCAAAAGAAAAGAACUAUGCGAUUAUAACAAUUUGAACAAUUUAGAGAGUUCCAUUUGCUUAUUAGAUCAUUUUGUUCAGCGUAUAGAGCUCUACUAUAGAAUUGUAGUGAAAAAUCUGAUAUAAUUUCAGUUUAUUGAAGAAUUUGAAUCAAGCAAAAACGUUGCUUUUUUUUUGUUUUAUAAAUCGCCUUAUUAUAUCAAUAAUUUGGUUAUCAGCUGCUGAUAACUAUGCUUGCAUUCAAAAUGACAAAUGGAACAUGAGUUCCAAUCAAACAGCAAGUACCAAACUAUUUUUCUUAACCAUCAACUUGAUCUCCCAUGAUUUUUUUUUUCCCCCAAAUCGAAAACCAACUUUUUUAAAAAGAGAAUUACGAUAUCAGAUGGCAUAUGAUAAUGGAAUGUGAGAAAAAGAAAAAAGGUUACUUAUUUUAUAUGGACUUUGUUCGAAAAAUCCUCUCUAAAUGAGUGAAAUUCAUUUUUGUACGAAUUUACAUUCGAACUUUAUUUGCAAUCAAUUGCAAUACAAUAAAAUCAAAAAAAAAAUCCUUUAUAUGCAGAGAAGAGAAGUGAGAAAAGAAUAGAAUAAUAUAUAUAAUGGAAUCAUUUAAUCAUUUCCACUUUUCUUUCGAAUGAUUUUAUUUAUUUUUAUUCAAGCUUUUUGCAAAAAUAAAACAAAAACUCGCACUAAUUUUGCACAACAAUUUUAAA